AUGUAUCCGAACCAAGCGUUUUCGUCGGGAUCUUACGCUGAGAUGAUUUCGGGGAACACUUUGUUACCUCAUAACUAUAGUGAAUCUGAAGGAGGACAAAAUGAGUUGAAGUUUAUCGCAUCUAUGGACGACUCAAUGAAUAUGCAGUCUAUUGGUCAAGGGCAUUCGAAUGCUGCUACGAGCGAUCCAACGACGCAAUUUGGACUCAUUGAGAGUGAGCAAAAUGUACAAUGUCAAGGCUUGUCUCUUAGCCUUGGAACAAUGAUGCCUUCCUUUCAAUAUCAGUAUCCCGGCAACGGUUUCACCUCGCUAAUGAAUGCUCAGAUUUCGAAUUUAAAAGGGUCGGCGUCUCUUAAAGAUGACGAGGAAUUGAGAAAUGCGGAGUGUAUUGCAUAUAAUAAUUCUGUCAAAAGGGAGGGUUUGUAUAAUCCGCACUCUUCGAUAGGUCUUAACGAAGGUCAAUCUGAUCAGUGUCUGCACAGAUCAGCGAUUCUUCCGAACAAUGGACUUAAUGCACAUUACCUUAAGGCGGCACAGGAGUUGCUUGAUGAAAUAGUUAAUGUUCGAAAGACGUUGAAACAAACUGGAUUGGAGAAACAACAAAGCUUUCGUGAUGCUGGUUUAGACGGUUCCAAAGAUUCUGAUGGAAAAUCUACAAGCCAAUCUAUGCAAAUAUCUUCGGGUGCUAAUGGUUCUAAUGCAAACAACUCUGCGACUGAGCUAUCGCCUGCAGAACGACAGCACUUGUUAGACAAGAAAACAAAACUUUUGUCCAUGCUGGAUGAGGUAGACAAAAGAUACCGACAAUACUGUCAUCAGAUGCAGAUGGUGGUGUCAUCUUUCGACAUGGUUGCUGGUUGUGGAGCAGCCGAGCCAUAUACAGCUCUUGCUUUGCGCACAAUUUCUCGUCACUUUCGCUGUUUGCGUGAUGCUAUUAGCGGUCAAAUUCAAGUGACUCAAAGGAGCCUCGGAGAACAAGAGGGAAUACCUCGUCUCCGGUAUGUCGAUCAGCAGCUUAGACAACAGAAAGCUCUUCAGCAGCUUGGUGUAAUGAGACAAGCUUGGAGACCUCAGAGGGGACUUCCCGAAAGCUCUGUUUCCAUACUCCGUGCGUGGCUCUUCGAGCAUUUCCUUCAUCCUUAUCCUAAGGACUCGGAGAAAAUUAUGCUGGCAAGACAAACAGGCUUGACCCGAAACCAGGUGGCAAAUUGGUUCAUUAAUGCAAGGGUGCGUCUAUGGAAACCGAUGGUCGAAGAAAUGUACAAAGAAGAGUUUGGCGAUUCCGAGACAAGUAGCAAUCUUUUAUCAGAAAACACGCCGAAAGCUCCAAGAGAAGAUGAUCUUCGAGCGUGGGAUGAUAAAAGAGAUGAGUCUCAUGACAAGUUAAUAACCAUUGAUAGCGCUCAACAGCAAGGUCAAAUCGCAGGGUUGAAGCUGGAUCAUGCAUCCUCUUCUGCCACCAGAGCGACAGAAUUGGAAAGAGGAAUUCAAAGUAAUGAUCAUUGGACGAAUGUGAUGGAUUCUAGAAUUGGGAAAAUGCAGGGUGAUCAACAAAGGUUUAACAUGAACAAUAGUCCGUAUUCGAACGCACCUAUCUCGAUAAACCAAAAUGGUGAUGGCUGCUUAAUGGAUUCAACUCCUACUACUUAUGAUGACUUAUCAGAGUUGAGUAACUUUGCUGUUGGUGGAAAUGUCUCACUUGCAUUGGAGUUGAGGAACUCGGAAAGUGAUGGAUUUGGUUUGUCGAAUGAUGACGUCAAUAAAAGGCGUAAUCAAACAUUGGCUUCUUCGCCGGAUAAUGAUUUGUUAGAUUAUCAUUUCACAGACAGUGGAAAGCAACAACACAACAAGUUUGGCAAUCCUCAUUUGUUACAUGAGUUUGUUGUCUGA